AUGAAAUAUAAAUUACAGGCUAAAAAAAAUCGAUCUUUGUUAACCUUGGCAUUCUCUUUUCAUCGUGGAAUCGAUAGUGGUAACGGUGGAUUCGAAAAUGGCCGUCAGAAACCAUUUAUCACUAGUCGGCUGCUAAAAUUUCAAAAAAUAAGUUCAAGGCUGCAUUCAGAAAUCGUAAUCGAACCGGCAAUACAGCAUUUUCUGGCAAUUAUAUGCGAUGUGAAAAUCAAUCCAGAACAACGAACAAGACUAGGAUUACGUUAUAUCAAAACAUCUCAAGUUCAAGGAUUAUUGAAAAGGUUGACUAAACAACAGUAUAUUUCGAACGAAUUGUGGAAAAUCGAUUUGAAUACAAUUGUAACGGCACUUAAGGAGAUCCUUAGCAGUUUUCCUGGAGGAAUUUUUGCCGACUCCACAGAAGAAUUCGUUUCUAUAUCACCAGAAUGCUCACUUCAAACUGCUUUAAUCUACGUUAAUGGAUUGAUUGAAGCAUUGCCUCAUUUACUUCGACAGUUCGCCUAUUUAAUAUGUCGAUCGCUGAAGAAUCUGAUAAAUCAAUCUGCAGGAAAAUCUCUCGAUGCAUAUACAGAUGCACUUCUACUAUUUACUCCAAUAUUAUUCCCGCAUUCAGUUAACGAUAUCAAACGUUUCCUGCGGGCAAUAAGAGUUACACUAAUUCUCAUCGAUUAUUACGAUUAUGUUUUUCGACCAUUCAUUUUUUUUUCAUCUUUAUCAUAUUUGAAUGAUGACGAUUUUUUUGGAGAAGUCGAUAGCAGUUUAAGCAAUCUUCACGGAUCAUUUGAAGCGGACGAUUAUGAAGGAAUCGACUCGAAUGAAGAUAUAGAUUUUGAUUUUUCAUUUUCUACAGAUAAAUUUUCUGCGAAUAAUAAAAAUUAUUAUCAAAUUGCUUACCUCAUUGACUGA